AAAAUCUUCCCUUGCAAUUAUUGUCAAACCAUGUUUUCACGUAAAUACGAUGCUAUACGACAUAAACGAAUUCAUACUGGUGAUAAACCUUAUGUCUGCCCUUGUUGUUCAAAACAAUUCUCUCGAUCCGAUGCUCGUACACGCCAUUUUCGAACUGAACGUUUAUGCCGUGAU